GUCCGGGGGCUCAGACCCAUAUACUCCAUCAGGAGUCCCCCACUCUCUAAGCUGAGACGUAGACGAAGUGAAGGAGAGUAGAUUCCUGUGCUUUGUUGCCCUUGGCCGAUGCGGGCAUCCCCGGGCCGUUAGCCGUUGCGGCGUUGGCGUUGUUUCCUUUUUGGUGAUCCUGUUCUGUGCUUUGGCCUUACCUGUUCCUCGCUGUGGGCGGGGAGGCCGUUUGUUUCCUUGAUGUGUUUGAGGAUGAUGACUGUCUUGUUUCAAUGUCGGCCAUUGAAGGCGCACUUUCCCUUUCCUGGACGUUGGUGGUUGAAGUUUAUGUUUGGGCCGGUGAGGUCGUUGAGGUUGAUCCUUGCUUCGAGGACGAUGGCGUCCUUUCCUUUGGGUGGCUGUUGUUGAUGAUGUCAUGUGCCUCUGGCCGAUGUGUCCAUUGUGAUGCGUGGACGAUGUGGCCAUGCUUUGUGUUUCGUUGAGGCCGAUGUAGUCCCCCAGUCCCCCACUGCUUCAGGCCGAUGUAGUGUGAGGGGUGAAGGAGUUGCAUGAGUCCCUGGCCGAAGCGGUCUCUCCGUAGUCCCCCUGAAUCCAACCCUCAUGGCGAUUUUCUGGCCAAGGUAACCCUGUGGGAGAACCCUUGUGCGCAGAUCGCUUGUAGAGAGUUAUCAUCAAGGGUUAGUACGAGGAGCCGAUGGCUGUGGGCUUCUUUGUUCAUUUUGUUCUGUGGCCGUUAUGGGUGUUUGUUACGUUCCUGGCCGUUGCUGUCUCCUUAUUCUUUGGCAGUUGUGAUCUUGGCGAGCAAGUGGGACGUUGUGGGCGCUUGCUGGUACUUGUAAAGCCGGCAAGUGUGUAGGCCGUUGGAGUCUGGUUUGCCAGUGGGCUGUUGAUGUGGGUUGGGCCUGGCCCGUUGGUGACGUGGUGGCCUCCCGUUGGUGGCCGUUGAUGUGGCCAUUGGGAGAGUGCCACGUGUAGUGACCGUUGGGUGGAGGGGUCUAUAAAUACCCCUUCCCCUCCGACGAGGAAUCACAUUUGCAUUCUGAAUUGUCGAAGUGCUGCCCAUUUUUCUAGAGAGAUAAACUCCCAAGCUUGUUCUUCGUGUUCGUCAUUGUUCAAGGUUAGUGUUCAUCACGAUCUUCCUCACUUUUCAUAUUUUGCUUCCUAGACUAGUGAUCUAGUGUUAGGUGUUUGAACACCCUUAGAUCUUAAGUUAAAUCUCCUUAGGCCCGUAGUAGUAGUUAUGAAGAGCUUGAACGACGACUACUACCCCUACGACGACCAGCCCUCCACGAGGUCGCUUGACUACGAGGUGCUCGAGGAGUUUGAGGAGGAGAUAUAGCGUUUAAGUCCAUACAAAUCCGGAGAGCCAGUGGACGAGGAAGGCGAGGACGAGGAGUCCGCCUCCUCUUCAAAGGGUGAGGACGUAGGUGCGUCCCGAGUGGUGGACGGGGCGUCCACUUCUGCUGUCAUUCCGUGCCCGAGGCCGGUGUCUGCCGUGAAGGGAGCAGCUAAGCCGAAGAGAGUGAGGAGGUCGAAGAGUGGGCCGGGCACUUCCCAGUUGGAUCUCACCAACAUCUUCCUGAUCAAGCCGGAAAGCAGUGCGGCCGACUAUCUCGUUGCCCAGAUGUACGUGGGGCCGUUCGGGCGGGUUAGGGCACCCAGGCCGACGGACCAUGUUCUUCUUCCGCCACUGGGAUACUUUGGAGUAUACCCGAUGAGUUUUGCUAAGGGGUUGAGGUUCCCCCUUCACCCUUUCAUUACCGAGUACCUGGACAUGGUAGGGCUUCCUCCGGCCCUGCUGACGCCGAACAGCUACUCCCUGAUGGUGGGGUUUUUGCUCCGGUGUGAGGAGUUGUGCUACAGGCCGACAACGGCCUUAUUCAUGAAUUUGUACCAGAUCGGCCGAGGAAGCCACAAGAAUUGUGCGGCCUAUGCUACUCUUCAACAGCUGCCGAAGAAGAGGAGUUUCACGGAUUUGCCUACGUCCAUUCAUGGGUGGAAGAGCAAGUUCGUGUUUGUGUCCAUUGGUGAGAGUGGCACUGAGUUUCCCUCCCUCGGCCACACUGGGAGGUUUAACCUGCAUGACCCGCCGAAGAGCUCUAUUUUGGACGCUCAGGUGGAGGCUUUCUUGGAAGGGGGGCCGAGGAGCGUGAAGGAUUACAUCACUGAAUACAAGAUGGCCGCCCUCGGCUUCGUGAGGUACUAUGUCUAUGGUGACAAGGAGGAUGACCUCCAACUCUGGCCGAGGAUGACCACCACCUUUGAGGAGGCCGACGGCCCGGACUUGGGCAUUCCUGCUGAGGCCGAUGGUAAUUCUUUCUUCGGCUUUCUGUCUUUAUGUUUUGUCCUUUGCCUAACUAAUCUGUUUGUGUUUUUCCUUUGUAGAUUUUGUCAUGGACCGUCGUUCCAUGAUGGCUAUUGCCAAGGCCAAAGCGGCCGAGGAGAUUGCUGCUAAGGCGGCCGAGGCGGCCAGACGUGCCGCGGCCGGUGGGAGCGGGGCUACUGCUGAUGCGGCCCCAAAGCCUGCUCCAUCGAAGAAGAAAAGGCCGGCCACUGACGGCCAAAAAAAGUUAACUGAGGCCGGCGUGAGCGUCUCGAAGAAGACGAAGAGGGCUCCUUCCCCUUCUCCGGCUACUGAGGCCGGUACUCUGACUGUCCCCAUCGUGGACGAUGGUGGUCCCGUCGUGGACCUUACUGUUGCUGACGAUGCUGCCCCAGCGCUUCCUCUCGUCCAGGAACCACGGACGAAGAGGGCCGGCAAGGAGAUUGCCGGUGCCACCUACCAGAAGGUGGUAGAAUACCCCGUCGGCGGGGGCGUGUUUAAUGAUCUCGUCCCUGGCCACGUCGUCCUGGCCCAGGCCAUGCCGGCCAAAGAUCGGGCUUACUUGAAGAAGCUCGGGGACGAGAAGAUUUACGAGGGCGGCAUGGACCUCUUCGUCCAAAGUGCCUUUAUGCUUAUGGAAAGCCAUAAGAGGCAGUAUUGGGAGAUAGCUCGCUUGAAAGGGCUGGAGCAGAAGGCUGCCUCGGCCGACGAGGCGGUAGCUUGCCUUGAUCGGCUCCGGGAGGAUGCCAAGGCGUUGCAGGCAAAGGCUGAUGAAGCCGCCGCGGCCAGGGACGAUGCCCUGGCCAAGCUCGAGGAGAGCAAAAGGGAGCUCGAGGAGUCCCAAAGGGCGCUUGAGGCCGAGAAGCGCAAGAGCGAGGAGGCCGUUAAGGCGAAAGCUGAGGCCGAGGCCGCCGCUGUGAGGGCUGCCGACGAGGCCGUUGAGAAGUUCCUGGCCGAGGGGUGGAAGGCCGAUGAGAGGCUCCCCUGGUGCUACGAGGUGGUGGCCACCAAGCUUGAGAGUUUGGGGAUGAACUCCCCCGCCGGCCGGGAGUAUUUCAGCCGAGAGAUGUCUGUGUAUUAUAACCUGGGCCAGGAGCGGAUGCAAAGGCUCCUGUGUCGGCGGCUAUCCCGGGCGUUGAAGGCCAUGAAUUACACGUCUGGGUGGGCUAGACGGAACCUGAAGCUGCCGAAGCUGAUGAAGGAUCCAGAAGAGCAGUCCAAGCUUCCGCUGUCGGAGCGAGAGUCCCC